UUUGAGUGAUUGUUGCAAACUGCCGACAACCGCUACCAACCGCAAAAGCUGCGUUUGCGGGUGGUAGCGGGAAAACCAGUCGCCCCCUUAAUAAACAUUAACUAAAUUCCCUUAAAAAAAUUGGAAUGUUUUACCUUGGUGAGAAAGUUUUCCAUUUUACUUAGGGACUUGCCGUCAUAGAUUUUUUUAGAACCCUCUAGCAAGUAAAAAUAUCUUUUCUAGUAAAAAUCAUACCAUUAUUAUUAUUUUUUUUUGUAAAAAAGCCAUAAAAAUCAUACCAUUAUUAUUACAUAUUUAGUUUUCCGUAAGUGCUCCAAUCUAUAUUUAAUCAAGCCUUGGGGAUUAAGUUUUACCAUAUUCAAUUUAUUUUUCCAUAUCCUUAUAAUUCAGAAGUGUGCAUGCCAAAUUUAUUCAACUUUCGACGAUAAACCAUGUCAAAAUCCCGGUUUGCGAGAAUUCAAAUGAUACUCAUACCGACUGUUUUAUUUCACAUAUGGUUCGGUUCUAAUUAAAAUUAUAAACCGGCCACCAGCUAUACCUUGAUCAAAACUCUGUUAUUUACAAAACACUAUUGACAUAACUUCUAUGGUUUCUUUCCAACUUGUUCAUUUGAUUGUGUAUUUUUAAUUAGAACCAGAUACAUGAGCACUUAAUCCCAACGUCUGACUUAGACACGAUACAUGACGCCAUGGCAACCAACUAUCGACAGUUCCAUGGUCUACGCUAAUUAUUGUUCAUGACGUCUUCUUAGCAAACUAUUCUGAGUAAUAAAAGCUUCAGAACCAUACGGAUUACUUUCGAUAGACGUGGCCACGAGACAGUAUCAACUUUACUGUAUGAAUUUUUUUUAUUAGGGAUGAAACGCUUCGUUUAUACAGUGUUUGAUCGUUUUUAAAUUAUGUGUUUCUUUCGUUAUAUUACAUGAGCCUUUUUUUUUAAAUAUCGAUGGAUAUGGUCACAUUCUCUAGCAUUUAAUCAUGGACUCACAAAUUUCUCAAUUGAUUAUGCAGCUGACACGUCACCUUAAUUAACAUCCUAAUUGAUUGACAUCUAAGAUGGGCUAUUUUUUUAAUUAAUACAAAAUUGAGGUUACAAUUUUUCAAAUGUUCCUCAAUUAAUAUAUAAGAGAUUUGUGUUUAAUCUGAACUUUUAUUGUAAAGUAGUGAAGUAUAUAAACUCUAAAUGUGAUACAAAAGUUAAAGAAAUGCUAUCAUAACUUUAGACUAGAUUUAUACAGCCGUCUGCCGAUACAGAGCAUUUUGAACGAUGCUUAAUCGUAAACUUGACUUUAUCACUAAAGGAGAAUUUUUAUAGCUAUUUUGUAUAACUAUUUUUUUUUUCUUGUGUAUAUGUUUUAGGCCAAUAAACAUGAUAUCAUGAUUAGAUAAUUUUAUAAUCAGAAACAAUUAAAGGCCGGCAUGGAAAUUUAUUUAUAAUUUAUACAAAGAACGAAGACAUAAUUCGUUCAACCAGAAAUUAUAUAUUUAGAAAUACAAAAGAAAAAAGUUUUGCUGAUGAUGAUCGUAGCCACAUCUUUUGAAAACGACCCUUUUAAUUAUCCAUUAAUUCAUUUAAUUGGAAAUUAUAAAUUUACAUUUCUUGUAGACUCUCCUUUUAUUUGUCAAUACUUUAUAUUUGUUAUAUAUUUAUUGAACAUGAUACCAACUCAUUCAGAAAAUGAGUCAAUAUAUUUAUUUCUUUUAUGUAUAUAUAGACGUAAAAUAUUGGAAAACAUACACGUAUUACCACGAAGUUAUAGAGGUCGCUACCGUUUAAUAUUUGGAAUCUUAGAGUUUCAGCCUUCAGGAUUAGUUUAGCACUAGUUGGCAACUUUAUGUAAAUAAUUGUAUGCAUGGAUGCUGUGGACCGUGAAUGCAGUGACAGACGGAGGGAUCCAAGUAACUGGACACUGAUCUAAAGUAUUUUUCACUAGAACCGUAUGUUAAAAGAAUGAAGUUUGCCAUCAAACACAUAGGCAUUUGAUGUAAAGAAACAAAAAUUUUCAGCCAUAAAAAGAAUAUAUUUUCACUAGAAUGAACGUACGGAGAUAUUGUAUUAAAUCUUUUUAUUUAUCUUAUUAAUAUUGAUAUGUUUUUAAAUCUAGUGAUUAGUUAAGACAUUUUACGAUCGUAUAACUCACAGAUAAUGCUUUUGCCUUGCAAUUAAUAUUAAGCUCGGUUAAUGAACACCAACACUACUAUAGAUGGUAAAAUUGCGUGAGCUGCUCGAAGUUUCCAAGCCACGGAUUGAAUAAGUCAAGACACAACACGUUUGCGUCUUACCAAACAAAUUAAUAGUCCGACAACAUUGACGUAUUUUAUAAUAACUGAAAAGAAAUGGCAAACCUUUGAAAAAGUAGCAAAAAUUGAAUAUAAUUCAAAAAAUCAAUUGCGUAUGAAACUCAACGAGGCCCUUGGUUAUCUGAAUCAGCAAUUGGUUAAGACUUUCAAAAUUGGCAUCGGUUUUCAAAGACUAUGUUCUUUCUUCGCUGUAUUUUCCAUUUCAUUUUACGAAUCGAUUUGUACGCCCUCGAAAAAAAAAACUCGAUUCAACACAUAUGUAUGACACUAGACCACUUGCUACGGAGAUUAUAACUAGAAAAAGCUAAACUAUAUUUAAUUAAAUUUGUAGUAAUGGUACUCAUUUCUUGUUUCUCAAGGAACUGAGAAUGAUUCUCAAGAUUUAUCAUUACAUAUGAUGAAAUAAAUAGAAGAUUUGACGUUGACCUGAUGAAAUACGUAUAAAUAGAGGUGUAUACGGAUCAUAUGAAACACAAUUUCAUUUUGUUCUCUGAACUGAUAAUAACAUAUUAACAUACAAGAUUACUAUUGUGGAAGAUGUACAAACUAAUACCUCUCGUGUUAUUAUUGUUACUAGCCAUUCAUGCGUACACCUAUGUCUCAGCUGUCCAUCUCCAACCCGAUUCUAUGACAGUAACUGAGGUAGAUUUCCCCGGUUGGCGGCGAGAGCUUCGAGGCGGAGGUGGCGGAGGAAGCAGUGGUGGUGGAAGUGGUGGCGGUGGAGGAGGUCGUGGUGGUGGUGGAGGUGGCAGCAGUGGUCGAGGGGGAGGUAGUGGUGGCGCUGGAAAUGGUCGAGGUGGUAGCAGCAGCCGAGGAGGAGGUAGUGGUGGUUCUGGGGAUGGAGGAUCUUCUGAGAGCGGUGGAAGCGGCAGAGGGGGGAAUGGUAAUGGCGGUGGUAGCAGCGGUGGCGGCCACAUUACAAGAAGCGGCGGUGACUGCCUCAAACACCGUGGCUUGACGAGUACUCUAUUAUCUAUCGUCUUCAUAAGCUGUUUGAUUCUUAUACGUUAAAACAGUAAUUACAUGUAAUUAAAAAUAGACUUUCAGAACAAUGUCUAUGGUGCUAAAGUUUGCUUUAUUGUACAAUUGUAAUGUAUUGUGUUUUGACUAUAUUCUUUUGCAUAUAUAUCUUUUAAAAAAGAAAAAAAAAUGUAUUUUAAAAAUGUUCUAAUAUUAUAGCAUGUGCAUGAACAAUUCUCUCCUCUCAUAGUACAAAAUGUUAGUAGUUGUAAAAAUUGAGUCCAGCUACAAGAUAUAGAAAGGAUCAUAAGAAAAACAUUGAUACAAGAAUUAUUUACUCUUUCUUGUGAAUAUUAUUUUAUGAAUAAAUUAAUCUGAACAUGCCCUCCGUUGACAUGGAAUAUAAACUCUUUCAAGUUUUGCUAAAAAAAAAACUCUUUCAAGCUUCUUAUAGUCCAGGGCCU